GAAACAUGGAAAACCAGAGUUUACAUUCAGGCAUCCUGCUCCUGGAGGGGUUAAAGGUCACGCCUCAGUCGGCCGUCCCCGCCUUCAUCCUCCUCCUCCUCAUCUACGUCUUCAUCAUGGUGUCAAACCUCGGCCUGGUGCUGCUGAUCCUGCGGAGCCGGAGCCUGCAGCAGCCCAUGUACCUGCUCUUCUGCAACAUGAGCGUGAACGACGUGUUCGGUGCGACCAUCAUCAUCCCGCACGUCCUCAGGGACAUGUUCGUCUCCACGUCGGAGCGCUACAUCCGCUACGUGGACUGCGUGGUGCAGGCCUUCUGUGUUCACCUGUACGGGAGCACGUCGCACACCGUGCUCAUGAUCAUGGCGUUCGACCGCUACGUGGCCAUCUGCGACCCGCUGCGUUACGCUGCCAUCAUGACCAACAGGGCGGUGGCGACGCUGUCGGCCGCCGCCUGGGUGUCGGCAUUGGUGCCGGUGGCGGUUCUCCUCGGCCUCACCAUCCGCCUGACGCGCUGCCGCCACGUCGUCGCCAACCUGUUCUGCGACAACGCCUCGCUCUUCGCGCUCUCGUGCGAGAGCGUCGUGGUCAACCAGGUGUACGGCCUGGGCUACACCGUGCUGCUGCUGGGCUCGUCCAUCUGCAGCGUCACGCUCACAUACCUGAAGAUCGCCGCCGUCUGCGCGCGCAGCAGGAGCAAGGCGCUCAACAGCAAAGCACUGCAGACGUGCGCCGCCCACCUCACCGUCUACGUGCUGCUCCUGGUGUCGGCAUUCGUCAUCGUCAUCCUGCACCGCUUCCCUCAGCUCUCCGACCACAGGAAGGUAGCGGCCAUCCUGGGCGAGGUGGCGCUGCCCGCUCUGAACGCCGUGAUCUACGGGCUGCAGAUGAAGGAGGUCAGACAGACACUGGCGGUGCUGUUUCAUGGCAAAAAGGCAGCGGUAAUGGUCAAAUGAAGCAGGAGGUUUCUGGAGGGUCCUCUCACCCCUGCUGUUUAUGUGAUAAUCCAAUAUUGGCGCUUUUCCACGACAUAGGUCCGGCACGGCACGACACAGCUCGACUCCAAGUGGCUUGGUAUCGGUUUCCAUGACUUCAUAGUUCCUCCUUAAUAUGGGCGGAGUCACCACAACACGGCUGCAAGAAACAUGUUUUUAUAUGUGACACAAACACACACAAAUGAGUUGUUUUGGGUGUAACUGAAUCAUUAGAAUCAUUAGAAUCAGUCAAUUAAAAAGAUUAAUUCAGUACUUCCUGCAUGAGCGGAGCACUGAACUGAAAUACCACUGAACGUCGUUGUGAUUCAGCUCACGAUCGCUGUAAAAUAUUGAGAUUUUUUAAACGUUUGCUUUGCUAAAUUUUGGAGAUUAACGUCAAUGUUUUAAGGGAUUUUUAAGUCUUUUUAACAGAAUAGUUUAGAUUUUUGUGUCGGACGUCGCACUCAUGGCCGGCAGUAUGUCGACAUCACAUUUUAGUAUCGGCUUAGCUGAACCUCGUCAGAGCAGGAACGAACAAAAACACCAGGUUCUGUCACUGAUGGAAAAGCACAAAAAACGAGCCGAGUCAAGCUGGAACUGAGUCAUGGAAAAGCGUCAGAGCA